AUCUGUGAAAGCGCUUCCGGGUGAUUAACAUAAAGUUUCCUGUCCUGUAUUUUAAAAAAUAAGAGUUUUGUUUACAUUUAUUAAUGCAUGUAGAUGACCUGGUGCUUUAGUUUGUCUUUUAUUUUUGUCACAAGCUUCGACCACGUGGAUCCACACACGCACAUUAAACGCUAUUUUAUCCUUCUUAUUGAUUUAACCAGUCAGCUGACUCUGUGGACAUUGACCUGACAUGUUACUGUGAUGUAACUGCUCAGUCUGUGUUUCACAGUCCCAAGGGAGCAAUCAUGCAUUUGUCAGUUGCACUUUAUGUCGGUUUUUAUGUUUUAACGUCGGCUGCGGGUCUAACCGAGUCCGCUCCCGGAUCCUCGUACGUCGCCGCCGUGUACGAGCAUAACUUGGUCCUGAACCCGGAGCCUCAAGUUCCGCUGUCCCGACCCGAGGCUCUGCGACAUGUGGAGAAGAACCUGCAGAUCUACGAGGAGCAGAGUGAGAGAGCUGCCCGGCAGGGGGCCCAGAUCCUGGUGUUUCCAGAAGACGGCCUUCAGGGUUUCAACUUCAGCCGAUUGUCCAUCUCUGGUUACCUGGAAACCAUUCCUGACCCCCAGCAAGAGAACUGGAAUCCCUGCACAGAGCCGGGCAGACACAACAACACUGAGAUUCUCCAGAGGCUGAGCUGUAUGGCACGUCGGUACAACCUCUACCUGGUGGCCAACAUGGCUGACCUGCAGCCUUGCCCCCUGUCGACCAGCCCUUCCUCCCCCUGUCCGCCUGAUGGUCACUGGCAGUUCAACACCAAUGUGGUUUUCAGGUCUGAUGGGCAGCUGGUGGCACGCUACCAUAAACAAAACCUCUACUUUGAGGACGCCUUUGACUCACCACCGCAGCCGGAGAUCAUAACCUUUGAAACCCCUUUCGCCGGGACGUUCGGCCUACUCAUCUGCUUUGACAUCCUGUUCAAGGAACCCACAGUCACCCUGGUGGAGAGGGGUGUGCGUCAGCUGAUCUACCCCACAGCCUGGAUGAACCAGCUCCCCCUGCUGGACUCGAUCCAGUUCCAGCAGGCAUUCAGCCUGGGUGCCAACGUCACCCUGCUGGCGUCCAACCUCCGCCACGACUAUCUAAUUAUGACAGGAAGCGGUAUCUACACGCCGUUCUCUGCCACCUUCCACCACGCAAACAGAGGAGAUCCAGAGGAGGGCAGGCUGUUGGUGGCCAGGGUGCCGGUGUUGGACCCACUGGGUGCAGGGCCCAGUGUGACGCAGGAGGAGGGGGCAGUCAGGGAUGAGUCCACAUCAUCUGCUGCAGAUACAGACUCAGGAUGCUGUCACCAAGACAGCUGUCUUGAUUCUUCUCAUCCUGAGACCUCCUCUGCUGUCUCUCCCUCCUCCGUCACCUUCAACUCAUCCAUGAUGUACGAUCCGUUUACAUUCAUCCUCCUGAAUAAGACAGAGGGCAAACUUGACGUGUGUCAGGGCCCUCUCUGCUGUCACCUGCAGUACAGGCAGUCACAACAACAGGGCGGCACUCAAGAGCUCUAUGCACUGGGGGCAUUUGCUGGCACACACACUGUGAAUGGACGCUACGCCCUGCAGGUGUGUGCGUUGGUGCGCUGUGCAGGGUUGGAGUCCAGCUCCUGUGGACAGGAAGUGGAAGAGGCCGAGACCAAAAUGGACUUCCUGUUGGAGGGGACGUUUGGGACCAGACAUGUGUAUCCAUCCAUAUUGGCGAGUCGUCACGUUCUGGAGCAGCCGGAGCACCUGGAGAAGACGGCAGAUGGCAGAGUGACCAUGAAGCAUUCAAACAUGACGGGAGGCCUCGUCACGGCCUGUCUGUACGGACGAAUGUACCAGCUGGACAACGAAUGAACUGCAGCUGCCGGGAUUAACCCACUGGAAUGAUUGUUUGUCAUUUUAAGGCAAAACUAAUAAAGAUGAUCUUCGCUUCUGCAA